AAUCGAGCGAGCACCAACCUGCCCGCCCCAACCCUAGACGCCGUCGACCGCCGCCGUCCCCGACGUCGCCGCCGCCGCCGUCCACGACCUCCGCGAGGGAUGGCUCUUGGGCGGCUUGCCUCCAGGGUGCGCGGCUCGGCUCUGCAGGUGCGGGCUGCGGCUCCCCGCGCCUCGCCGCCGGCACCCUGCCCAUGCGUUCGUCCGAUGACCUACAGCAGCAAGCCCGUGCAGGGUGAGCAGCAGGGCAAGGGACCUUCAAGGCCAAUUGACCUCCUGCGUGAGUCCAAAUGGAGGAAUGCCAAGGACGAUGGCGCUGGCAUCCAUACCUCUGCUCCGCGUGUGCCUCAACCUGCGCCCCGCACAACCCCACUGGCCGGUGGUCAGCCCGUGUCCUGCAGGAGCAUAUCAUCGGAGGUUGUGUCUUUUGGUGUGCCUGCUCUUCCUGUGGCACGCCGCUUGUCGCGUCCGGACAUCACUGCUUAUGGACUGACCACAUUUGGGCCUGGGCAGCAGCGGAGGGGAUUUGCCCAGAUGCCAUUCCAGCCGCUGGACAACAAGACAGCAGCUGCCAUGUACAAUCAGCUUUCUCCAGAAGGUCAAAGCAUAGCAAGCCUCGCCAACGUGGCCGGCAAUGAAGCUGCGAGGAAUAUGGAGUUGUGGAACAAGCAAAAGUUUGACAGCAUUGAUUUGGGCCUCAAGGAGCUGACUGAUGAAAUCACAGUUCUUGGCUUGACGGGUUUGCAUGCGGUAGCUGCAGCAACUGCUGUUGUCUGGUACGUGUAUUUGGUUAUCGAGGAGACCGUGGUAGAGCUGAGUGGCAAGUACAGCAAGAUGGCGGCGGCGCUGCUAAACGGCCUGCUGCGUUCUUUUUUCCCAUGGCUACAUGACAUAUUUGUACCGAAGGAAGAGUCGGGUGAGAAUGGGAAGAGCGAAGCUCCGGCCAAGAAGUAGGCCAGUGUUCUAAAAAUUGCACAAAGGGUUCUGUUUUUUUGCUGCAAGACUGUGAUGCAUUGGCAGAUUGGGAACAUUAAACUCCUUGGGAGAUGAGCUAGGGUCCCUUUAUCGUUUUGUGCUGCAAAACAGUAGUUAGAUUUUGUUUGUCACUCUGAAUGGAUCUGUUUGCUUCUUGGCCUCACCUCACCUGUUUGAUGCCUAUGCCGAUGGCUAUGCCGAUGCCUAUGCCGAUGUGUUUCUUUGUGUUGGACGAAUGUCAACCUGAGGGAGGGCCUUGACUUGUGUAUAACAAACUUGAGAGAGGAGAUUCAACUGGGUCAUAUGCUGUUGGUUGCAUGAAUGAUAUUACUGAUUAUUUCUUCA